CCUCGGAGAGCCUGUUGGUGUCGUCUCCCUAGAGACCAUCUGAGUAACAACUACUGUAUUGUGGACACACACAUUGAUGAUUCUCCGUUUCCGGGUGCUUUCCCUUAUUAUUCGGUCGCACAGUCCCUGUAUGUGGCAAGCCGUUUCGUGCCGCCAGGGAAUACCUUGAAACUGCUAAGCGGCCAAAGGCAUGCUUUCAAUGCUUCGCAAGUGAAGGGCUUCCGGACAAGGUUCGCUUUCAGAUGUUUCAUGACCCCGGGUGUGUUACGCGCCACUUCGAUGCUAUUCAUCUUAAAGAAGAACCACUCAAAUGCAACUGGUGUGAAAAUCGCAUUUGCUAUAUCCAGCGAGAAUAUAGACCAGAGAAGUUUCAUACGAAUCCCGCGCGCGAGGAGAACGAGCACGAGCAGCAGGAAAAUGAAGUAA